AUGUCUCCCUACUGGCAGAAUAAGAGCUGUGACCCAUUCACAUCUCCGUCCAAUCCAUGUACGCUCGGCAAUUACGUCGAUUAUACGGCCAACAUCAGUUCUGCCGAGGAUGUUUCACAAGCACUGCAGUUCGCACAGAAACACAAUGUCCGUGUGGUUAUCAAGAAUACUGGACAUGAUUACGUUGGGAAGUCGACUGGAAAGGGGUCUCUGGGUCUUUGGACUCAUAACCUGAAGCAUAUGGAAUUCCUCAAUUAUUCCAGCACAGAAUAUACUGGACCUGCAAUGAAGAUGGGAGCCGGAGUUCAAGCCUUCGAAGCCUAUACAGCAGCGGCGUCUCAUGGCCUCCGUAUUGUGGGGGGUGCCUGUGCCACUGUUGGCCUGUCUGGUGGAUUUCUUCAGGGGGGUGGUCAUUCCCUCCUGAGCUCAACGUAUGGGAUGGCCGCAGACCAGGUUCUCGAAUGGGAUGUAGUCACCGCUAAUGGAACGCACCUUAUCGCUUCGCCCACCGAGAACAACGAUCUCUAUUGGGCUCUGAGCGGAGGUGGCGGCGGCACGUACGGUGUUGUCAUUUCGGUAACUAUGAAAGCUUUCCAGGACGGCAUCGUCGGGGGUGCAUUUCUCCAAUUCAACAAGACGGACACGACAGACGACCAGUUCUGGAAAGCGGUCGAAGAGUUCUUUGCUUGGGUCCCCGAUAUGGUGGACUCUGGAAGCACCGCUCUCUUCUCUCUGUCCAACACCAGCUUUGUGGUCGUUCCUCUGACCGCACCAGGAAAGAGUGCAGAUGAGGUGCAGGAUCUGCUCCAGCCUUUUCUGUCCAAGAUCGAUGAACUCGGCGUGCCGAUAAGCACCUCUAUCACUUCAUUUCCCACAUAUCUGGAGCAUUUCGACCACCAUCUGGGACCCUUGCCCAAUGGUCUUCCGUUUAUCAACAUCGUCGAUGUCUCUAUUGGCGGACGACUGAUCCCACGCAGGGUACUCGAGAACACCGCAUCAAACCUAGACUUUGUGGAAGCGCUGAAGCUCAGCGUGCAACCUGGAGGCAAGUACCAGACAGGAGGCGUCGCAAUCAACGCAGCACACUCAGUUGCGGGCAACGAUCCGUCCUCCAAUGCCGUGUUGCCCGCGUGGCGUGACAGCCUCGUGCAGAUCCUGGCUUUCGCGCCGUGGGACUUCAAGGCGUCCUUGAGCAGCAACCUGGCUGGCGAUGAUUACCUCAACCAGGUGACGGUGCCCGCGCUGACAGCGGUGGCGCCCGAGACCGGUGCUUAUCUGAAUGAAGCAAACCUCCAGCAGCACCACUGGCAGCGUGCCUUCUACGGUGCCAACUACGACCGGUUGCGCCGCAUCAAGAAGAUAUAUGAUCCUCAAGACCUAUUCUUUGCUAAUACCGCGGUGGGUAGUGAAGCGUGGACACCAGAUGACGAGGGACGGUUGUGUAGAAGUGCUUAG